AUGGACAAACGGAAACGAGUUAGUUUAACAAUAAAUCAAAAACUUCAAGUGAUAAAUCAGUUGGAGUCUGGAGUGUCUGUUUCUCGAAUAUGUGAGCAAUUCGGUAUACGAAAGCAAACAGUUUCGGACAUUAAAAAAAAUAAAGACAAACUAAACAAAUUUAGUUUAAUGUGCGAUGUAGAUACGAAAACGAAACCCAGAAAACGAAUGAAAUUGGCACGCGAAACUUCACUUGAAGAAGCUUUAUUUAAGUGGUACGUACAACAACGUUCUUGUGGGGCUGCCGUUCGAGCAGUCGAACUUAAAUCUGCCGCAAUUAAAUUAGCAAACCUUAUGAACAUAAUUUCAUUCAAAGCAAGUGAAGGAUGGCUUUGGCGUUUUCGCAAAAGGCAUGGAAUUAUUAAUAAGCGAAACUACGAAGGCGAGGACGAAAGCGAUGUUUUAAAUGCACCAAAAGAUGAAAUUGAACCAUUUCGGCAAAAAUUAAUACAGCAAAUUAAUAACGAAAUGUUACUGCAAUCCCAGAUUUAUAACGCCGACGAAACUGGCUUAUUAUGGCGUGCUUUGCCUGAAAACACGCAAGCUUUCAGGUAUGAAACAUUGACAACCGGAAAAAAAAUUGGCAAAGAAAGAAUAUCAGCAUUGCUUUGCGCUAACGCCGAUGGAUCACAUAAACUAACCCCUGUCAUCGUUGGAAAAUCUCGUAAACCCCGAGCUAUAAAAGACAUAAUGAACAGUCUUCCCGUUUCAUAUUAUAAUUCUCGAAAAGCAGGGUUUACAGCAAAUACAAUUUUCAAAAAUUGGUUUUUUAACGAAUUUAUACCUGCAGUUAGGAAAUUUCAAGAGAAGAAACUUGAAAUACCACCGGAUGAUGUGAAAUGUUUAUUGCUUUUACACAACUCUCUCGCCCACCCAUCUGAAAACGUUUUACGUUCAGAAGAUGACAAAUUUAUUUGCAUGUUUUUUCCCAAAAACACAACGUCAAUGAUACAGCCUAUGGACCAGGGAAUAAUUUUAGCCACUAAACGAAUUUAUCGAAGAAAAUUUUUAGACGAAGUAAUGGUAUUGGAGGACGAAGAAAACACAAGAGUACAACAAGUCAAAGUCGAAACAAUCAAAAAUGGGUGGGCGAAUUUAUUUGAUGAUCGAGAUACAGAUAUUGAUUUAGAAGGAUUAGAAGCUCCCGAUUUUUGCACUGCUGUACUAAACAAUAUUGGAGAAGAAGUUGCCGAGGAAGAUAUGUUACAUUGGUUAGAAAUAGACGAAGGUGAUCCUGGGUAUCGAAUUAUGACCGAAAAUGAAACGGCAAAUGAAGAAAAGAUAGUCGAUAAUGAACUUGAAAGCGAGGAUAGCGAGAAAGAUGAAACAUCGCCAAAGGUGAAAUUAUCAACCAUCAGAUCGCAUCUCGAUGAUAUAAUAACGUUUAUAGACGAUUCGUCAGAUAAAGAAAUGCAACCGUUUUAUGCACAUUUUCUUAAUAAAGAAGAAGACGAACAAGAAAAUCUUGAUAAGAACAACAAUGAUGGGGUAAAAAAAGAACAACAAGACCACCACGAAGAAAACACCGAAGAAGAAGACGAAGAAGAAAAAAAAGCAUCACCAACUAAUUAA